AUGUUUUUCCCACUUGCAACUCGUGCUCAAGCCGUUACCCUGAAAAAUUGUGGCUACAGUUUCGAGAAUAUCGAGAAGUUGACCGGCAUCAAGAAGAAACAGCUCCAGUACAUAAUCAGCGAGGCUAAGAAACGCGGGUACAACCCAGAAGUCAGCCCGACACUCAAAGACAAGUAUUUCCACGACGGACGUCCCGACAGGCCAACGAAGCUUUCAAAGGAGCAGAUAGAGGCUUUAAUCGCCGUAUCAAAACCAUUUGAAGGGGUGCCAAGGAAGACGAAUGCGGUACUGGCCCAGGAGUUUGGUGUCUCAGCUCGAACUAUCCAUCCUCUUGCCACCGGCUCUGAGGACCAAAGUGAAGAGGAAGGUGACGUUGACAUGACCACGACGUCAAGCACAGCUGACCAAACCACCUUCGGCGACUCACUGUUGGAUCAGUUGCAGGCGGCAGUGACUGGCGAAGAAUACGCAACACCAAAUUAUCCCCCGGCUACUUUUAAUUAUACGCCAUUAUCACAGCAAUAG